AUGUUUUCCCGGUUCACAGGACAAUACCAGUCACAGUUUCAAGAGUACCGCCACCCUCUUUCUGUCCGUAUUCUAGUCUCUGGAGGAAGGAAAUGGGUACUCGCUAUCUGGAGGAAAACAAAGGCCAAAGCGAAGGGCAAGGGAAAGCAGAAUGGAAGCUCGGGGGCGAACAAUGGCAGCAGUGACCAACGGUUGAAAAACGGUUGGAAGACAGACGAUUGUGUCAUCCGCAAUGAGGCAAAAGCCAGUUUGAGUAACGAUGGCAGAUCAACGUUAGGCCAAGAAAGGGGAGGCAUCUGGUCUCGGAAUGUGGUUGAAGAUGCAAUGGAUUGGCCCCAAACUUCUGCAACAACAGGUGCUUUAGGCCGGUGGUGGGAGGACAUUGAGGUUGGUAGCUCCAAGGGGGGCUAUCACCAUAAAUGUAGAAGCGUUAGGAGUUUUGUUUUGGAAGAAGGUUCAUUGGAAGACAUUUGGUUCAAGCACAGGCACCACAACAACGGCAGAACGUGGAUGGUCAGCAGUAUUAACAGCGACUACAGGCAAAAGUCAGCUGCCCGCCUAAUUCCUUGGGUGUAUGGGUUCCUCGCAGCAAAGAUAAUGACGAUGCGCUGGAAAGCCGGUGGAGGUUAUGUGGUUGUCAACGGUGCCCUCAAGGAGGAAAGGAGUCAAAAGGGAAAAGACCGGUGGCUGGAACUCCUUUUCAUCAGUCUCUGGAGCAUUUCUGGGCUGUAUUAUCCUGUGUCAGACCCAAGCGUUAUUGACCAAGGAUCUGAUAGGAAGUUGGUGAAGCCCACCGGCCAAAGGAACCCUGAUGAAUGGGACGAAGAAGUUGAACUUCAAAUCAUUUAG